GUGGAACUCAGGACUUGUAAUCGAGAUAAGCAAUAAUAAACAUCCGAGUCUGAGCACGGAACACGGUCUGGAGAGCCUCAAGCCCGGCCUUGGCAGGGCAGAGGAGAAACCAAGAGCCAGCAGCGAGGGGACACUGCUGAGGCUGGGACCCCUCUGAAGACACAGAGGGAACUGCAGCUGAGAGCUGGAAAGGGAAAAUCCCCAGGGAAAAGAAAGAAGAAAAGGAAGAAAGAAGAACUUGGGCGACCCUGGACGCUGGUGAAACGGUUUGGAGCAGAUUGUGGAUCUGGAGACCCACGGACGGCGAGAAGGCAGGAGAGUGAACGCGUUUUUCACCAGGGGAAGGAGUGAAUGCAGCCUCUAAAUUGAAGGAAGAACAUCUUUGCAGCACACCAACCCGCAAAAUACAAACAGAGAGUUUGUCCCAUUUCCUUGGAUUCCAGAAGGCAUGUCAAAUAAUAACACAAAUGAUCCAUCAAGAGACAAAUUCUACCAACUGGGCAGAGAUUAGAAGAAAAGCAUUAAAGGAAGGAGGCUUUGACAUGGCAUCAAUACAACUGAUGACAACAAAACAAGGCAGACAAAAUGUAACUCCCAAAUGGAGACCACUGACAUACGAUGUAAUUAAAGACUUGAGACAGGCAGUAAAAGAGGAUGGUUUAGGCUCUGUCUACUUCCAGAAAUUAUUAAAAAUCACCUUUUAUUUUUACGACCUGCUACCUCAUGACUGCAGAGGCCUCGUCUCGCUAAUUGUUCCAGAGUUACAGUUCCAGGAGUGGGAUGUGAGAUGGCGGAGGGCUCUGGCUCACCUGAGGAACAGGUAUGCAGGAGGGCCACACGCAGCUCUCACGCUGGCCCAGCUGGCAGGAGAUGAACCCCAUGACAGUCCUGAAGAUCAGGCAGCACAGUUGCCUCCAGAUGUGAUUGCAGACAUCAAGGAGGCAGCACGGAAGGCAAUUCUGCAAAUUGAACCAGCUGGAACUCCGGAAGGCUUUUUCACAGAAGUAAAGCAAGGUCCUACUGAGCCCUUCACUUCAUUCGUCCAUCGUCUCACGCAAGCAGUGGACAGACAAGAGAGUAAUGAAGACCUGAAGCCACAUCUGGUUCGAACUUUCGCUUUUGGAAACGCCAAUGCAGAGUGCAAACGCGUAAUUAACAUCGAGCACGGUCUGCCAACCGUGGCUGAAAUGAUGGAGGCGUGCAGCAAGGUGGGCACUCCCCAGCACAUGGCCGAAAUCCUGGCAGGAGUUUGUGUAGAACAGGUCAGGAAACUCCUUCAAGAGCAGAACAAAGAAUUUUCAAGAAUGCUCGCGGAGCUUCACCCAACUUUUCAACAAGGCAACUCCACGGAAGCGAUCUCAACGGAAUUCACCAGGGGACCGAGCUCCAAACACGGAAAAUAUGGACACAAAAAAGAGAAUUGUCCGGAACCUACAAAGAACGUGGAAGCGCCAGGCCUCUGUCAAAGAUGUGGGAAAGGAAAACACCAGGCGAAAGAAUGUUACUCCAAAAGGGAUGUGGAGGGAAGAGCUCUGCCUCUUCCAAGAAACUCCAAGAAGAGCGCGAGACGCCAUCGCGCCACGACACAAGGGAUGGCGAUGGCUCAGCCCGGGACCCCGCAGGGAACACAACCAUCAGGGAAUGUCAAUGACACUCCAUCAGCAGGACCACCUGCCAGCUCCCCAGAGCCAGAAUUGCUGCCACGGGUGCACAGUGGGAAUUGGCAGCUUCCAAGUUGGUACUUGGAAUGAAUGAGUCAUGCAGUGAUACCCACGGGGGUCACUGGAACACCAUGGAGAGACAAGAGUUUUUAACCCUAGGUAAGGACAGAUGCAGCAUUUCAGGGCUCAUUGUUUAUCCACCAACUGUUUCAGCAGAUCACAAUGAAGAGCUGACAGUUUUGGCUCGACCUAUUUGCCUUCCAUUGAUCAUUCCAGAGAAGACUCCAACAGCCAAGGCCAUUGCUUUGCCAUCUCAUGCAAGAGAGCAGUUCAUGCCAGUGACAGCUCAGCAGAUUUCACCUGGCAAUGAAGACAUGGACAUCCAUGCCUCGUGGGUGAAGCAAACAGGCCGUUCUCGACCUGUCAUCCUCUGCAACUUGACAGGUGGAGACAAAACAAUUUCAAUCAGGGGCACGUUGGACACUGAUGUGGAUGUCACACUCAUUUCCUGCCUCUUUUGUCCCAGAGAACUUGAAGGCACCUUUGAACUCCCUCUCAGCUAUCAGAGGAAGUAGGUUGUGCCUGCAGAGUGAGAACUCAGUUAUUGUUUCAGGGCAAGGGGGAAGACAGCAAUCACUGAUCCCCUCGUUGUGCAGAAGCCCAUCACAGUGUGAGGAAGAGACAUUUUAUCACAAUGGGGAACAAAAAUAGAAGUGGAUUUUUAACAGGGGUCACUGCAGCACUCACCACCCUGAAUCUGACUUGGAAGACAGACAACCCUGUCUGGGUGGACCAGUGGCCCCUGGAACAAAGAAACUAAUUGCCCUCAAGAAAUUAGUUAGAGAGCACUUGCAGAAAGGCCACAUCAAGCCAACAAAUAGUCCCUGGAACUCUCCA